UGUCUGUGUGCGCCUUUCUCUCUCUCCCUCUCGCUGUCUCUCGCACUCUCGCUCGCUCUCGCUCGCUCUCUCUCGCUCGCUCUCCCUUUCCCGUCUCUGUGGUUUGUAAGGUAGGUUGCAGUGUGUGUAUAUACACAACAUCAAGAGCAGGAAAAUGGACUCAUUAGGGAGGCAGGCAGUCAUUACCACUCACACUGUACUUCCAGGGAGACAGCGACUAUGAGGAGACAAACUGAGGACUGGGGAACAAGUGAACUAAAGUGAUGGGAGAGCCUUCUGCAUGCCUUGAAGUUUCAUGAACAGCUUGUGAAAUGCUCCGAAACCUUUAGCAGCAUAAGAAAGAGGUGUUGAGAACUGCUCUUAACCCUUUUGGAGGCAGAAGUCAAAAGGAGAAAAGCAGUGAUAUAGUAAGAGGAAUCAAAACAUUAUUAGACCUCUUUAAGAGCCACCAGCAUAUCUGGGCAUAAAUUAUCCAGGGAACUAGAGGGCUUGACGCAUCCUUUACAUCCUGCAUUUACUCUGACCACAGUCCCUCCCUGUUCUCACAAGCGGAGCUCAGCCCUGCUUCCCUUCCUGUUGAUUCCCAGUCAGCUACAUGACUGCCUGAAGUUACAUUGUAGAUGCUGAAAUCACUGCACCUUAAAAACAAAAAGAUUAAGCCACACUGCAUUCCUAUCACUCACAAUCAGUUUGUGGCCUUUCUCUGGAGGAACCUUUCCUUGUCUCUUGUGAAGAAACCCAAGACAGCUGAAAACCAGAAGGCGUCUGAGGAGAAUGAGAUUACUCAGACGGGUGCAUGCAGCGCCAAGCCGGGCCUUCCCUGCCUGAACCUUGAAGCUGUUCCUUCUCUGAGCCCGGCCCUCAUCCACUCUCCACAUUCACCAACAAACCUGCACGCACACACAGGGUCAUCUGAUUGUAACAUCAGUUGCAAGGGGAUGACAGAGCGCAUUCAUAGCAUCAACCUCCACAACUUCAGCAAUUCUGUGCUCGAGACCCUCAACGAGCAGCGCAACCGUGGCCACUUCUGUGACGUGACGGUCCGCAUCCACGGGAGCAUGCUGCGCGCCCACCGCUGCGUGCUGGCGGCUGGCAGCCCCUUCUUCCAGGACAAGCUGCUGCUGGGCUACAGUGACAUCGAGAUCCCCUCAGUGGUGUCGGUCCAGUCUGUGCAAAAGCUCAUUGACUUCAUGUACAGCGGGGUGCUGCGGGUCUCACAGUCAGAGGCCCUCCAAAUCCUCACGGCCGCCAGCAUCCUGCAGAUCAAGACUGUGAUUGAUGAGUGCACAAGGAUUGUCUCACAAAAUGUGGGAGACGUCUACCCGGUGAUUCAGGAUUCUGGCCAAGAGACACCCAGGGGAACACCUGAAUCAGGCACCUCGGGGCAGAGCACUGACACAGAGUCUGGCUACCUGCAGAGCCAUUCACAGCACAGUGUGGACAGGAUCUAUUCAGCCCUCUAUGCCUGUUCCAUGCAAAAUGGCAGUGGGGAGCGCUCCUUUUACAGUGGAGCUGUGGUCAGCCACCAUGAGACAGCCCUGGGACUCCCCAGGGACCAUCACAUAGAAGAUCCCAGCUGGAUUACCCGGAUCCAUGAACGGUCGCAGCAGAUGGAGCGGUACCUCUCCACCACUCCAGAGACCACACACUGCCGGAAGCAACCCCGCCCUGUCCGAAUUCAGACCCUGAUGGGCAACAUCCAUAUUAAGCAGGAGAUGGAGGAUGACUAUGACUACUACGGCCAGCAGAGGGUGCAGAUCCUUGAGCGCAAUGAGUCUGAGGAAUGCACCGAGGACACUGACCAAGCUGAAGGCACUGAGAGCGAGCCCAAAGGGGAGAGUUUUGACUCAGGUGUCAGUUCCUCCAUUGGCACCGAGCCUGAUUCAAUGGAGCAGCAGUUUAUGGCUGGUCUGGGCCGGGAUGGACAGCAAGAACCUUCUCAAGCAGAUCAAAAUGAUGUCCCUGCUGAUGGCUCUCAGCCGCAGCAGCAGCAGCAACAUGUAGAUGCCAACUCUUCCUCACCAGAGAGAAGCAAUGACGUUGAAAUGGACAGCAAAGUGCUCACAGUCAAUAACAGCACCGAAAAGGGGGCUUUGCAGCCUUCUGUCAACACAUCUGUUGCCCAACCAUUGCCAACCACACAGAUCUACUUACGCCAGACAGAAACCCUCACCAGCAAUCUGAGGAUGCCACUGACUCUGACCAGCAACACCCAGGUCAUUGGCACAGCUGGCAACACCUACCUGCCUGCCCUUUUCACCACGCAGUCUGCUGGCAGUGGCCCUAAGCCUUUUCUCUUCAGCCUGCCCCAGCCUUUAGCUGGCCAACAGACACAGUUUGUGACAGUGUCCCAACCCGGCCUGUCAACCUUUACUGCCCAGCUGCCAGCCCCACAGCCCUUGGCCCCAUCUGCAGGCCACAGCACAGCGGGUGGGCAAGGUGAAAAAAAGCCUUAUGAGUGCACUCUCUGUAACAAGACUUUCACCGCCAAACAGAACUACGUCAAGCACAUGUUUGUACACACAGGUGAGAAACCACACCAAUGCAGCAUCUGUUGGCGCUCCUUCUCUCUAAAGGAUUACCUAAUCAAACACAUGGUGACACACACUGGCGUGAGGGCCUACCAGUGCAGUAUCUGCAACAAGCGCUUCACCCAGAAGAGCUCCCUUAAUGUGCACAUGCGUCUCCACCGCGGGGAGAAGUCCUACGAGUGCUACAUCUGCAAGAAGAAGUUCUCCCACAAGACCCUGCUGGAGAGGCAUGUGGCUCUGCACAGUGCCACCAACGGCACGCCUGGAGCCGCCGGCACCGGCGCCAGGGCUGUCCCUGCCGGCGUGGUGGCCUGCACGGAGGGGACCACGUACGUCUGCUCUGUCUGCCCGGCUAAGUUUGACCAAAUCGAGCAUUUCAACGACCACAUGAGGAUGCAUGUGUCAGACGGAUAAGUAGAAUCUCUCUCUCUCUCUUUGUUAUGAACAACAAAAAUAGAAACAACAAAAAAAAGCUAUGGCACUAGAAUUUAAGAAAUUAUUUUUGUUUCAUUUUUACCUUUAUUUUCCUCCUUUUUUGGGUUAAUUUUGUUUUGUUGUUUUUUGUACUACAUGAAGAACUGUUUUUUGCCUGCUGGUACAUUACAUUUCCGGAGGCUGGGUGAAUAAUAAUUUUCCCAACCUCCCUUGGAUGGUGGCCUUAAGGCCAGGUAGUGCUUUAUGAGCUCCACUGGUUGGAUCUCUAGCUACUGGCCUCUAAAUACAACCCUUCUUUACUACAAAAAGCAAACAACAAAAAAAAAACCACAAAAAAAUUUAAAAAAACCAGACAGAAAAAUAAUAAAAAAAAAAAAUCUUUUUUCUCACUUGUGAAGAGCACUACAAAUAAAGAAACAAAACAAAAUAUAUUACAAAUCUACAAGGCCUACUGUCGUUAUAAGUACACCGCUUGCAGUGUUUCAAUGGACACGAUUCACAUUGCUGACCGCUUUUGGACUUCACAGUAUCCAGUUAGAACUGUGGAAUAUUUUGCUUCUGGUUGAGCAGCAACCAGAGGAAACAAGGCCCUGCUGGUUUCCACCACGUGUCUGCUUUCUCACACACACACGCAUCCACAAACAUGCAAAAAGGGCUGAGGGGAAUGAAUGCGAGGCAGUGUGGCUUGGAUAGUGUGGAGUCCCUGCAGGGCGAGGAAAAAGAGUCAGAGGUUCCUCACCUGGAUUCUGCUCCAUCCCAUGUUGUCUGGCGCACCCUCCCCACUGCUUUUCUCGUACCACCACCACCACCUUAUAGCAGAAACCAAGAAGAUUCAGACAACAAGCAACAGUGGCUUUUUUGUAAUUUAUUCAGUGUCUUCGCUGAGCACAGGGCCUCAGCACAAUCAAGAGAGACUUUCACAGAAGGCAAAGAGAAACACAGAGGAAAAUCAAAGCUAUCAGAGGUUGCAACCUAUGGAUCUAGGUACAAGAGAAGGGUUAGUUCCCACAAUCUUUGCAAAAAAAAAAAAAAAGUUGCAUCAGGAUUUAUUCUUGUGGAAGUAAAAGGAAUAGAGGGUGGGAGGGGAGGGGAAUAAUAAUUUAAAACAAAAGAGUUGUUGGGACUUUUUAAAUUCAAAAUUUUAUAGAGGGGCAAAAGUGACGUUUACCAGAUAGAAUGCUGAUUUUUUUAAUAUAUUUACAACAGUAUUUGUGUAAAAAAAAAAAAAAAAGUGAGAUUGUUAAAAGUAAUUUUUCUUUGUUUUCUUUUUGGUUUUGCAUACACUGCCACUAAUAUCUUCUCUUUUAUUAUAUAUAUGAAUAUAUAUAAAAAUAUAUAUUUUAUUUUAAAUUGAGACUGUUAAGGUUAGCUAACCUGCUUCCAGAUAGAGGGGGGGAGGGGAGAUGAUCUUGAUUUUUAUUUUAAAAAAGAGGAAGGAUGUUUUCUUAAUUUUCUUUUCUAGUAUUUUUCUCUCUGUUUUCUAAUGGAAUCAAGAAUUACCUGGGUCGAUGAGGGGCUCUGUGAAGUCAUCUAUGAGAUUAUCUAGUAGUGUUUGUGCAUCCUGCAGUAUCAUUUGAACUGCUACUUUUUUUUUUCAUUACAUGGUUCUCUUUUCAUCUCUUACCAAGCUUCUGUUAUUUCUUUCUUGGUUCUAUCUCAGAAUUUAUUUCUGCUGAAGGACAUUUCCUUUUGAGAAAGAGAUUUUUCUAGUAAUGUUCCCAUGGUUUUGGGGAUGAUAUAAACUCUAGUCUUUCUUCUUUGAAAAAGUAAUGAAAGUUUUGGAAGUGUGUAAUAACUAGGAUUUCCCUUCAUUUUGGUCACUGGACAAGAAUUAAUCUGCUGUAUUGUUCUCUCAUCCCUGCCUUGCUUACUAGGGAGCUUCCAUAUUUGUGUGGGAAUCUGAUCCUGCCCCUGAUAAUUUGCGCUGAUGCCAAAACAACUUAAAACGUUACCAUUGCAAAUAAUCUUCCCUUCAUUUGCAAAAAGUCUAACUGAAGGGCCACAUCCCACAUUCUCUGCAUAGGCAAAGCUAUGAAAGGAAUGUAGGAUCAGUGUGAAAGAUUGAUUCCUGAUCUGCAUAUAUAUGUUGGUGUUUUGUAUUUUGUUUUAUUGUGUUUGGACUGGUGUUCUCCCUAGUUGUCUUCUGUGUAUCUGUGUAAGAAUUUUUCCCCCAAAGCCAACUCCCAAAGUACGUGGGUCCUUAGUUCAGUUGGAUCAGUGUUUGACACUAUCUUUGUCUUGUUUGAAAUCAAUGUGAGGACUUACACCAACUGCACUCUGGACUUCAUAUUUUAGGCAGAGAAGAAGCACCUAACAAAAAUAUGCAAAAAGAAAAAAAAAGAAAACUUGCUAGUUUAGCUUUUACUUGUGUCUAUAUUUAAAUAAGCUUUCUUAAUUUUACAAAACUUUUUGCUUGUGAACACUGAACAUUUCACAUGAGACUUCUUUUAUGUUGGACAACUUUCUGAGUAUUGACUUGGUAGAUCUCCAUAUACAAUUUUGCAUGUUCUUUACACCUGCGGCUUCUCUAUUCGAUGUCUGUGAUCCAGUACAGGUAACUUAAUCCAUAUGUUCUAUGCCUGUUCCAUUACCAUUUAUUUGGGAAAAAAAACUGACAGGUGGUUCAGUCUCCAAAUCUUUCUGUACCCUUCAAGGUAUUGUUCAGCAGAUCCUAAAUGCUGAAGCCCAGAUUCUUGGCUGCAUAUGCAGCAUAGAGAGACUUUGAGGUGAGUGCCAGAGCAAUUGAGACUUUUUUACGGUAAUGUCUUUCCUUGUUACCAGCUUGUUUGGAUAGUUCAAGAGGCUGGAGAAGGAGCAUGAGUUAGUUAACAAAUAUUGUUCCAAUAACCUCACUGGUAAAAGCAAUGCUAGCAUGUAAAUCAAGACAUGAGAAGACAAAGCCCAAGACACAGAGAGAGAGAACUGAUAUCUGCCAUUUAGACACACACUAAAUCUAUACAGAAAAUAAAGGUUCUGGAGACCGGGGUGCAGAAGAAAAUGAGGAAGGUGAACUUAGUCAAAAAGAUUGAAGGUUUUUCUCUGGGUAAAGGAGUGUUUUUUCUUAGAUCUUUAGUAUAAUCUUUAGAAGAAUAUUCUUCAAUAUGAGGAACUAGUGAAGAAUUUUACCCAGCUUACAAAUAUGUAGCUGCUCAUUUGUUAUCUGAGGUCUGGGGAAAAGCUGUUUAAUUUGCCACUGUAAACCUGGUGAAGUGUAUUCAAGAUGUAGCAAAUUCUGGAAUAUGGUUCUGAUACCAGAGGAGAUAUGCGAGUAAACAGGAAAUAAGGAUCAGGGUCUACAUCCACCAAAAUACAAAUACAAUCCAAAUUUUAAUCCUUCAGUUUUUCAUCCUUCCCUAAAUCAAAGUAUUAUCUUUGAAAUGCAGAUCUUUGUAAGGUCUAAUAAAUUUGAAAUUAAUUAAGGAUAAGUUGUGAAUGAAUGAAUGAAUGAAUGAAUGAAUGAAUGAAUGAAUGAUGCCAAUUUUAAAAAAUAAACAUAUUUCUUAAAGUAAAGCUAAUGUGUUUAGAUUGAAUUCUAAAGCAUUUGUCAAAGAAUUUAGGCCUAGGUCUUUACAAAUGACUGUCUGUAAUAUAAACUUAUCUGGUUGGAUUUCCAGACAUGAUCUUGUAAAACGUGGAGCAACUUGCAGCAUGAUUGCAAAUGUAGCUGAAAGUGUUUGUCAGGUCACCAUGAAUUUAGAAGCUUAAACUUAGUCCCCUUUAUCUUUUAAAACGUUAGGUUCUCUUCCUCACAUCUUUGAAAUACUUAUGUGCUACUUGGAAACAACAAUAAUAUCUGAAUGUUAUAGGUAUAUUCAAGUUUCAUAUAUUGCUACAACAUGCCUCUGCAAAAAGAAUAGCAAAGUGAUCUGGAAGCUGCUGCUGUCAGUGUUUGAGUGAAUCUAUCUCGGUACGCUUGAAAGGCUUGCUUCAAAACUCCUGAUUAAAUGAUUCACAUGAGAAAAUGCAGACUGUAGCACACAUCCUUUUGUUGAAGCAUGCAAUAUCCUGCAUUCCUUGAGCUGGAUUCUCACUUUCCCUAAAGCUCUCUUUAUAUUGCUUUGGUAAUGAAAAAGGCCAUUAAAUAGAACAUAAAUUCAAGCUUACAAGUCAAGGCCUCUCUGCAAUGCAAAAGUGCAAUAAAGGAAGCAUUAGAGUGAAUGGGAAGUGCCUUCUCUUACUGCUGCUGAGGAAGUGAAGUGAAUUGGAAAUGUAGGACUGGCCAGAGCAGAUCUCCCUUGUGGUCCAUCUCACCCAGUACUGCGUCUCUGCCAUGUGGCAAGUUAGAGAUUAUUUGAAUGAAGAUGAAGGACCUGUGUUGGAUUAUUACAAAGCAAUAAGCCUAAGGGAGAAGAUUUAUUACAUAAUCCUCAUUAGCUAUUUCUACAUGUAAAAUACAUAUAAAUACAAAUAAAAUAUGCAUUUGCCUGUUAGCUUAAGACAUAGUAAUUUAUGGCUUUAACUUUUUAUCCCAUAUAAAAAUUAUAUAUUGUGGCAAAUAAUUCUCAUUGUCCUUCAAAGAUCUAGCUUAUUCAAUUUUAGGUGGCCUCCAUGCUGUCCUGUGGAAGUGAGUUCCUCCAGUUAAUUACCACACUGUUGAAAUUACUUGCUUUCAAGUCUAUUUUGUUGUUCAUUGAAACACCCUUAUUCUUGUAUUAUAUGAAAUCACGAAUCAGAGAACCAAAACUUAACAUUCUUAACCAUUUCGCUGAGGUCUGCCUCUCUCUGGGAAGCUGAAUCCACAAGGAAUGCAGGACCACAGCUCAGUGUCUGCUGAUUAGCAAGGAGAGGAUAGCUCCUGAGCAUGUCUAUGUGUGUGUCGGGCAUAUGUGCAUUAGCAAGCUUGUCCUACAGUGAUCUCUUGCAGGGUACUGGCAGGCACAUAAAAAAUGGGAACCUAACAGCACAGUAACCAGUCUGUAAAUUGUAAUAUGAUAUUUCAGUCUGGUCCCUCCUCUCAGAAAACCCAUAUUAAUAGUCACUCUUAAGGGAAAUAGGUGUAGGUGUUUUGCAGGAACUGUUCUGAGGACACUUUUAACAUCCAUCAUGCUCUUACUGGGCCCACUUCUGGCACAUGCUGUUACCUUUAAAAAACACUCAAGUUUCCCGUUAAGGUAACAGGGGAGGGUAGCAUUUAAUUGACUUUCUAAGUGAAUGAGUUUUCCCGUUGCUCUAAGAUCAAAGAGCCCAAGUGGACCCCAUUUUUCCUCUUUUGAUUUUUUUUUUUCAUCCAAAGGAGAAUUGAAUAAUAGUCCACAUACUAUCAGCACCCCACUUCAUAUCAGCCCCACUGACUGAGGUCAGUCAACCUUGAGCUACCUAAUUAAUGCUGGAUCACUCACAUGGUGGAGGAACAAGUCUCUUGCCUUUAGUGAGUAAUACCCCAACAUCUCCUGUGUCCAUUAGUAAUGAAAACAA